GAACUGGCUGAUGGGUCAUGCCAGUUAUCCUCCUGUCAAUCCAAAUGUACCCAGCUAUCUAGUGGGGCCAAUGUUUGCUCACCCGACAUUAGCGAAGGAAUACCGAACCUCGUGACAUAUCCUUCCCCUGCUUGUCCAGUGGACUUCCUGUGGCGACCUGCGGUGUCUCUGUGUUACAAACCCUCGGACGUCGCUAUGACGUGGCAGGAUGCAGAAACGUACUGUACGUCUGUCGGAGCCAGGCUGGCCAUACUGGACUCCCAAGAGAAACUCGACACCGCAUCUGCUGAUUACACGGCUGGGCACUUCUUGACCUAUCAAUACUAUAUAGGGGCCUCCGUGGUAUCUACCUGGGGUUCAAACGAAUGGCGGUGGGUGGGAGGGUUUCCGAUAGACCCUAUCUUCCUUACGACAUACAGCUUAACAAUGACGGCAGGGAACUGCAUGCUAUGGAACAACAUUUCUCACCUGUCCCAGAUAGAUUGCAUAUUUGCCAAUCGAGCUCUCUGUGAAAUACCCAGUGCCAUAGAACCUGGUACUACUUCAACAAUAUCAACGACACAGCCUACACCAACAACGACACAGCCUACAACAACGACACAGCCUACAACGACACAGCCUACAACAACAACGACACAACCAACAAUAUUAACAACACAGCCUACAACAACACAGCCUACAACAACAACGACACAGCCUACAACAACAACGACACAACCAACAAUAUUAACAACACAGCCUACAACAACAACACAGCCUACAACAACAACGACACAGCCUACAACAACAACGACACAACCAACAAUAUUAACAACACAGCCUACAACAACAACACAGCCUACAACAACGACACAGCCUACAACAACGACACAGCCUACAACAACAACGACACAGCCUGCAGCAUCCACAACACAGCCUACAAUUUUAACAACACAGCCUACAACAACGACACAACCUAUAACAAUGACACAGUCUACAACAUCGAUUUCAGUUACUUCCUAUUAUUCUGAAAUACAUUAUCGUCCAGUAAACUGUCCAUUUCCAUUUGUGUGGAAACAGGCUGCGAACCUUUGUUACCAUGCCAACGAAAACAAUUUGGAUUGGCAAACUGCCAAAACGAAUUGUGAAGCCUUGGGAUAUGGUGCGCGAUUGGCUAUAUUGGAUACUAAUGAAAAGCUCAACAGCAUCUUGGACGAUUAUGGUAUGGGGAAUCUGAUGUAUUAUCAAUAUUUCAUUGGCGCCAUUUUCGACAAUCAGGGCGGAGUGUGGAGGUGGACGGACGGCGUGGUGGUGGAUCAGACCUUCAAGAUGAACUACAAUAUCAUAGACAUGGCGGGAGAUUGUUUCAUGUGGGACGACUUAGACAUGAUCUAUCAGUUCCCGUGUAGUCUCAAUCGUCCAUCUUUAUGUGAGAUACCACAAGAUGUCCUGUCACCGAUAACGACUUGUCCAUCUAAUUUUGUUUGGAAUUCGGCAGCCGGUUUAUGUUACUAUGUGCAUGAAAACCCUAUGGUAUGGCAGGAUGCCAAAACACACUGUCAAUCCAUCGGGGCUAGACUUGCGAUACUAGACACACCAACAAAACUUGAUGGUGUUUUAAGUGAUUACACAUCGGGCAUGUUGAUGAAUUACCAAUACUUUAUUGGAGCCUCAUUCGAUAGUGUACUUAUGGCCUGGAAAUGGAUCAACGGUUCGUUUGUAGAUCCCGGAUUUCUUGCAACCUAUCUCGUCAGCGGAGGACCUGGGGAUUGUCUGAUGUGGGAUGAUAUCGUCUUUCUGCGAAAUUAUCCUUGUAUAACCUCUCAGCCGUGGAUUUGUGAUGUUCCCGUGGCUCCAUCGGACUAAGAGAACUAUUCUUUAGAGGACAAACCACCGUAGUACAUGUAGUUUCAGCGGUGAAGCAGAUUUUGUUCCGAAAGUUUUGCACAGUUAACACUCCGAAUUACAAUAUAUAUAUACAUGUACAUACAGAGAGAGAGAGAGAGAGAGAGAGAGAGAGAGAGAGAGAGAGAGAGAGAGAGAGAGCUUAUACUGUAUUAACUCAUCCACGUUUAGUUACACAAAAUAGUACACUUAAUUUGUAAUUUAAUUAUGGUACAUUGUAUCUUUAUAAUGUUCCUUUCAGUGAGUUUUACCCUCAUAUAGUACAAUACAGACUUUCAGCGUAGAAUAUUAUACUUUUAUUUUACCUAUACCCUGUAACGAUAAGAUUAAUGCUGUGUAUUUAAAAUAAAAAUAAUAACAA